UGCUGGGGCGCGGUGGACUUUGUAAACACGCCGCCUGCGGGGGUGGAACGCUGGUUGUGUUUGGACGCCUGGGUUCGACAUGCUCUCCGCCUCCCGGGGCUGGGGGCCUGAGACCAUCCCCACAACCCCCCGCCCCCAAAGAGAAGCUCUGAUAGUCAAGAGACAGCCGCUGAGACCGUCACGGGAGCUCCCCCACCCCGAGGCUCAUCUGCCAAAAGCAGGGGAAGCUUUUGGAAGUCACAGACCAGAGAGGCCUUCCGGAAGGGGCUGGGGCUGAAGAAAGAGGCAGAAUGGCCCGCCGGGUGUGCGAGGAGCAGCGCUGCGAGGAGGAAGUCUUCCCCCUGGCCAUGAACUACCUGGAUCGUUACCUGUCCUGCGUCCCCACCCGAAAGGCCCAGUUGCAACUCCUAGGUACCGUCUGCCUCUUGCUGGCCUCCAAGCUGCGCGAGACCACGCCCCUGACUAUCGAGAAACUGUGCAUCUACACGGACCAGGCGGUGUCCCCCUGCCAGCUGAGGGAAUGGGAGGUGCUGGUGCUGGGGAAGCUCAAGUGGGACCUGGCUGCUGUGAUCGCACAUGACUUCUUGGCCCUCAUUCUGCACCGACUCUCUCUGCCCAGUGACCGACAGGCCCUGGUCAAAAAGCAUGCCCAGACCUUUUUGGCCCUCUGUGCUACAGAUUACACCUUCGCCAUGUACCCACCAUCCAUGAUCGCGACAGGCAGUAUUGGGGCGGCGGUGCAAGGCCUGGGUGCUUGCUCCACAUCUGGAGAUGAGCUCACCGAGCUGCUGGCAGGGAUCACUGGCACCGAGGUGGACUGCCUGCGGGCCUGUCAGGAGCAGAUUGAAGCUGCGCUCCGGGAGAGCCUCAGGGAAGCUGCCCAGACUGCCCCCAGCCCAGCGCCCAAAGCCCCCCGGGGCUCCAGCAGCCAGGGGCCCAGCCAGACCAGCACGCCUACAGACGUCACCGCCAUCCACCUGUAGCCCCUGCACAGGCCCCCUCGAGUGGCCACGAGGUGGAGGAGGGCUUUCUGCCACUCCCUACCUCUAGGAACAAUCCGUGCCACGCCCCAAGUCCGAGGGGGCUCUUCCCACCGCCAAGCCCAAGGGGCCAGGUCCUGCCUAUGCCCGCAGUGUGCACUAAGGGGCUGGCUAGCCAUGUGUCUCUGCAUGGCCAGGCAGCUCCUCUUCCUCCCCUGCCUGACCAGCUUGACUCCUCUAGCCAGGGCUGGGGCCAAUCAGGCUGGUCUAAUGAAAACAGGUAAAAUCCUAGCACCAGCAUUCCUUGAGGCCUCUCCUGUUCUCAACUGCCAAAAUGCCUCAGUGCCUUCCAAAGGUGUCGCCCCCACUGGGGUUAUUUCAUUUGGAUCAGGGUCCUUCAUGCAUCCAGAUACACAUGUGACAGGGACCAGCCUAGAAGGCUCCUGGACACACUUCAGACCCCUCCCCCCAGGAAUUCACGCUCCCAGCUGCUAAGAGGGAAGGGCCCAGGCCUUGGUCAGAGGGGAAGAACUUAGAAAUCUGGCUUUGCUUCCUGCUCAGCUUCCUGUGUGAUUGAGGGGUUUGGUGCUGGAGGAUGAGGUCAUUUUUAUUUAUUAAUUGCUGAGUACAACUGUAAGAGGGUACAGUGGGCCCUGUACCCCCAAGUGGUGGUGACCCUGGUGGUUGCUGUUCCCUCCCCUCUGCUACCCCUUUGUGGCCCAGGAGCUGCUAUCGCCUGGGAUGGGGUCUUAACCCUCCUCUCCUUUGGCUCUCUACUCAUCCUCUAGUGGACAGGGUGAGGCAGGGAUGCUGUAGAAGAGCCCUGUCAGGAGAGAGGCAAGCCCUGUUGACACAGGCUUUCCUAAGGCCACAAGGUUCAGGCUGGUGGCCUAGGACCAUCAUGCUGCCUUAAUAAAGAUUCUGGAAUAAAACUG